ACACUCUCAUUUACCUUCACUUCUCUCUCUCAUGGUCUCGCCUUCUCCAGAAACAAAAGGAACGAUGGUGAUGGGAGAGAAUCUGGCGGCAUCCAUGAACGCCAAACUCGUGGGCUCAGGUAAGGAAACCGUAGUCCUCGCACACGGCUACGGCGGAGACCAGUCCGCCUGGGACAGGAUAGUGCCCCUCCUCGCCGCCCGCCACCGCCUCCUCCUCUUCGAUUGGUGCUUCUCCGGCGCCGUCAAGGAUCCAUCCCUCUACCACCCAAACAACUACUCCUCCUACGAUGCUUUUGCCGACGACCUAAUCUGCGUAAUGGAAGAGAUGAAGGUGAGCGGGUGCGUGUUUGUGGGGCAUUCCAUGUCCGGCAUGAUCGGCUGUAUUGCUUCGUUGAAACGCCCUGAUCUCUUCACCAGGCUCGUGCUUGUUGGAGCUUCUCCCAGGUAUUUAAACCUAAUUGAGGAAGGGUACAACGGAGGUUUCGAUUUAUCAGAUGUUGAAGAGAUGCUAUCAAACAUUGAUUCCAAAUACGAGCAGUGGGCUCCGGCGUUUGCUUCGGUGGUGGUGGAUGCCUCCGACCCACUUUCCGUCGAGAAAUUCGCAAAUUCUUUGAAAAGAAUGAACCCACAAACAGCUCUUUCAUUAGCCAAAACUGUGUUCCUUGCCGACUACAGAUAUGUUCUUGAGAAAGUCGUGGUGCCUUGCAACAUCAUCCACACCAGAAACGACGUCGUCGUGCCCCUCGCAGCCGUCGAAUACAUGCAGAACACCAUCAAGGCCAAGGCCGAGGUCGACAUCAUAGACACCGAGGGUCAUUUUCCUCACCUCACUGCGCAUCUCCAGUUUGUUCAAGUUCUUGAUAGGAUUUUAGGCUGUUAAUUAGAUUUUUUUUUUUUUUUUUAUGUGUUUGGUUUGGUUAUUUUUUUUAGUUUGCUGUUUGUUUGGAAGUGAAAGUAUGGUGUUGGGAGAUGUGUGUGCUAGUUAUGUGGUGCGUCG